GUGAGCCCGUCUCGGGAUCUCCCACCAGUGAUGCCAUGAGAGAGUGACAUGACAGGAUUGAUCAAUCGUCACCCUUUUUUUCCCUCGUCCCUCCCUCUGCCACGGCCAUGCACUUGUUCUGGCGCCACCGCUCUUGGUUCUCGCUCUAGACACCACUUCCAAGAGCCCGUCUUCCUCGACGUCGGCAUCUUGCAUUCGUCCCUUCUCUUUGCCAUUGUACAUGUUCCGGUACAUAUCAUAACUGCGACAUCCGGGUGCUUGCCCGACCACGUUCCUUCUCUUCAUUUCUGUUCUCAUCAUCUUCCAUCGACACCUUUGGAGCGACGACCCUUUUUCACCAGGGACCGUCGAGUUUAUUCGUUCUCACGCUCGUCGCCAUCGCCGCCUGAGCAGAGAGGACAUCACCAACCCACAUCUCUCCCUCACCCACCAUCAUCAUGGCUGCCAUGGGCCUUGGUGCCAUGGACAAGAACGAGCUUGCCAGGAUCGAGACCGCCGAGGGCAGUUUCCAGGACAGGAACAGUGGCCAAGAUGAAAACACGUUCAACCUCGAGCACGCUGCCACAUUCCAGACGACCUUCGACCCAGUAGCAGAGGGCAAGCUCUACCAAGAUGGCCAGCUUAUCGUCAUGCCUGCAGCGACCCGCGAUCCGAAGGACCCCAUGAACCUCCCACUCAACCGCCGUAUUCUGGGUGUCUUCUGUCUCUCGUUCUUUGGCGCUCUGGCUGCUUCCGCUGAGAUCAUCUUGGGAGCCUGCCUGCCUGUCUUCGCUCUCGAAUACGCUGGCAUUGACCCUGCCAAGUACAUCCUGGCAAUCACACCCUUCCCCAUCGGUUUCAACCCAUUGGCCACACUCAACAUGUUCCCAAACGCCGCACCUAUCUUCGAGGUCUACCUUUUGGGUGCUCUUCCGCUGCUCAUGAUCGGUGUCUGCAACUUGUUCUUCAUCCCACUCGCCAUUUCCAUGGGCCGUCGUCCGGUCCUGCUCAUUACCGGCUUGAUCGCCCUUGGUGGUAUCGUCUGGGCUGGUGAGAGCCGAUCGCUGCAAUCUCACAUUGCUGCCCGUUGUGUUCAGGCCGUCGGAGCUGGAACUGUCGAAUCUCUGAUCCCAUUCAUCAUUCAGGACAUGAUUCCCGUCCACCAGCGAAACACUUGGAUUUCCGCCGCGUUCGCCGCUCAGGGUGUCAUCAUCAUUGCCGUCGGUUUCGCCGCACCCACCAUCAUCGUGCACCUCAGCUGGCGAUGGGUGUACUUCGUCACCGCUAUUGCCGGCGCUGUGUUCUUGGUUGGAGUAUUUUUGUUCAUGCCCGAGACGCGCUGGCCUCGUACUCGUGCCGAGAUGAAUGGUAUUCCCCGUGAUGACGCCAACAUCGAAUACACUCCACGAACCUGGAAAUUGGACCUUGCUGUCAAGGUCGGCAAGACCGACUGGAAGAAGGGCUGGAACGCUUUUGUCGACACACUGCGCGUCUUCUUCUACCCACAGGUCUUCUUCGUCACUAUGUUCAACGGUGCUAUGAUCUCAAGCGCUUUCUCAGCCAGUUACGUCGCUGCGCCGGCGUUGCUCACCAGCCCCUGGGCAUGGAACUUCCUCAACUUGGGUUACUCACUCGUCGCCGUGCUCGUCGCCGCUCUUCUUGUUGGAUUUGUCACUGGCGGAUUGGCCGAUGUCCUGGCCAACAGCGUUGCUAAGAAGCGUGGAACUCGUGUCCCUGAGAACCAGCUGAUCAACCUGAUCUUGCCCGGUAUUCUUGGCAUCCUUGGCACCGUUCUCUUCGGCAUUGCAGGAAAUGACCCGCAGAAGUACCACUGGAUUGUCUUCCUCCUCGGAUUGGGUUUCAUGGCCUUCGGUUUCCUCGGCACCAGCGCCAUCGGUACCGUCUACGUCCUUGAGUGCUACCCUCACCUUGCGGGCCCCGCCCUCGUCUCAAUCGCCUCCUUCCGUUUCAUCAUCGCCUUCCUGUUGACCCUUUACGGAGUCGACUUCAUUCUCUGGUACGGAUAUGCCGUCACCUUCGCUGGAAUCUACGGUUCGAUCAUUGCAGGCUUCAUGCUUCUGCUACCUCUAGUCUACAUCUACGGACCGGCAUGGCGCCGCCGCUGGCCCGCCACCAAGUACGGCGACCAAUAG